AUGGCUUUAGUAAGAUGUUUCCAACUGGCAUUCUCCCUCAUGAGCAUCUCAUUGGACCAAGAAGGAGGUUUGCAGCCAUCUCGCAGGAGGUCUCUUUUUACUUUGGCAUCGUACAUGCUUAUAUUCUCUGCCAGGACAGGCAAUUUCCCUGAGCUAAUUCCAAUAGUUAAAGCAUCCCUGAUACAUUCAACUAUUAAUCCUUUUCUUGAGUUGGUCGAUGAUGUCAGGCUGCAGGCUGUUAAUAUAGAAUCAGAGAAGAUAAUCUAUGGAUCUCAAGAAGAUGAGGUUGCUGCUAUUGAGUCACUUUCGGCCGUAGAAUUGGAUGAUAAGCAGUUGAAAGAAAAUGUAAUCUCGUACUUCCUGACUAAAUAUUCAAAACUACCGGAGGUAAUAUUAUGA